CGGCCCCUCAGUGAUGAGCUGUCAGCGGGAGAGCCACACAACACAGGCAGUGGCAUCCUGCUUCAGUCUUCAGUCCUCCCCCAACUCGGCGUGGCAGUGCGCAUCAUCUGUCAGAGUGCCCCUCUCCCUCCCUCCGCCUCCCCACCCCCUUCCCUUGCCGCCAGCUCUUUCCCCGUUCAUGAGAUGCAAAGCCCUGGCAGGCGGGCGAGCAGAGCGGAGCGGGAGCAGGAGCCGCACGUUGCAGCAGCUCUGCCAGGGGCGCAGAGGUGAGGUGGGCCGUGUCCCUCUGCCACCCUCUCCCAUGUACCAGGAGGUGGCUGACUCUGUCACUCAGGGCCUCACCGAGCCAUGCCCAGCUGGGGCCGGGGCCAGCCACACCUUCCCGGCGGCACUGCCCACCGCCAGACAGAACUCCUUAGCCUGCAGCCUCUCUGACCAUCCAGUUGGCAAAGACCUGCAGGCCAUGAGGACCGGUCAAAGACAGAACAAAGGGAUGAGGACCCGCCUGGGAUGCCUGUCUCACAAGUCAGACUCGUGUAGUGAUUUCACAGCUAUUCUUCCCGACAAACCCAACCGUGCUCUAAAGAGACUAUCCACAGAAGAAGCCACGAGGUGGGCAGAUUCCUUUGACGUGCUUCUCUCCCAUAAGUAUGGGGUGGCCGCCUUCCGCGCCUUUUUGAAGACCGAGUUCAGCGAGGAGAACCUAGAAUUCUGGCUGGCCUGUGAGGAGUUCAAGAAGACCAGAUCAACUGCAAAACUGGUCUCCAAGGCCCAUAGGAUCUUUGAGGAGUUUGUGGAUGUGCAGGCUCCGAGGGAGGUAAACAUAGACUUCCAGACCCGAGAAGCCACGAGGAAGAACAUGCAAGAGCCAUCCCUGACUUGCUUUGACCAAGCGCAGGGAAAAGUACACAGCCUCAUGGAGAAAGACUCUUAUCCCAGGUUCCUGAGGUCCAAAAUGUACUUAGAUUUGCUGUCCCAAAGCCAGAGGAGGCUCAGUUAGACCUCAGAUGGGGACUCUUGGAGAUCACUGGCUUCCCCCCUCCCCUUGCUGCCAAGACCAUAUUCUAAUGUGAAAUGUCAUAGGUGUUCAAAAAGCAAUGGCGUUUAGUUUGGGAGCCUGGGGGAUGAGGAGUGGAUGAAGGGCCAUUCCAAAGUAAGAUCCAGUCACCAGAGCUCGGACUCUAUUCCAUUAACCCAUGUUUGUGUUUUGGUUAGCGGUAGCACCUUGCUGCUGUUACCCUCCUUCUGGGUCAGCAACUUGCCCUUCACAAUGCCUUGGGUCAUUUCCGCUGAGAAGGCAGAUUUGCUAUGCUGGGCUAAUGUGUAAAUAAUGCAAAUGCAAUUCUCACCACUUCCACACCCUCCUAAGUUAGGAUUCCUGGCUCUAACUUGUACUAUACCCCUGUGAGGAAUAGCUAGAAGACUCUGGCUCACCUAGGUGAUUUGCUGUCACAAUGUAGUGGCCAGUGCUAGUGUAGGAGAGAGGUUUGUGGGGAAUCCCAGGUUUCUAACGCUGUCAUUGACAGGUGGCCUCUGGGAGAAGGGGCAAACUUCAUGGAGCUGGCUAUUUCUUCCAUUUCCACUAGACCAGUGUGAAAAACUGUCAUCACUGCCCAUCUUAGCCUAGGAAAUUCACAAGACAUUUUUACCCUCACAAUUCCAUGAAGGGUCUUGGGAGAUCUCUUAUAUGAUUUCUGAUGUGGCGUCUGCUUUUAAGAAAGAUACAGCUUGCAGAUCUUCCUCGAUUCUACCAAGAAGUAUUCCAGAAGUCGAAUGACCAGGGAACAUAGCUCCAGUAGACUUUUGUGCAAUGGGGCGCCAUAUAACCUCUCUGUUGCUUAAUGUAUUCUCCGCCGUCACCUCCCUGUGGCAUCACACAUCACUGAUCUCUUAGAAUGACAGACAGCUUGGCAAAGGGAGGUGAAUUCCCAUAGCAUGGACAGCUUUCAUGGUGCCUAAUACUUUCCUUGUCUCUCCCUGUCCCCCCUUCCAUGCAGGUCAUGUAAUUAUGAUGGGGGAGAAUGGGAACUUAGGCUGUAACUCUUCAGCUUGCUUCCUGGGAGCAUGCUUUCUUAGAAAGGUCUCUCUCAUGAGGGCCAUCUUGGCUAUUCAGCAACUUCCUUCUUGAUCUCUGACCUUUUGGGAUUGAACAUGGAACAGGAGGUGAGGCUAAGAUCACUGUGAACAUCUGGCUGUGGAGAAUCUUCCUAAAAUGCUUUCAUGGUACCCUGAGGCUCCUUUUGGAAAUGUGUCAGGAUACUCUUCCUUGGAGGGUGAGCGUAAAGCACCCUAGCUUCCUGAGAAAAAAGUGGACUUCGGCACAAAUUUGCAGUGCCAGGGAUAUGAAUCCUCAGCAGAGAGACCGGAAAGUGGAAGAGGAGUCUGGAAGAGGCUGGUCUCCAGGUGGACCAAAUCGUAGAGAAUAUGGUGGAGUUACUAUUGGGAUAAUUCACAGCCGGUGGAUUUGGAGUCAUUGCAGAUCUCCACAACUUUCAGCUUGACUAAAUGAAAUAGCUGCGAUUAGGCGUAAGCUCUGGAGUGCAGGCGAUUGAGAACUGGGCUGAAGCGUUCUCCUUUUGUGGGGUGAUGGGCCCUUUAGGUACACAGGAUUCUGGUGUUUGCAUUCCUGUCCAGUAACUUUGUGAAUUUCUUCCUUCCUUGGCUGCAGCUAGACAAGUUCAAGAAGGCUCUUGAGUCCCACUGGUGUUAGGGUCCAUUGCUCCGCCAUGACACGUUGUAUCUGUAAGUGAGGGCUGGUGAGUCUGUCUGAACCAUCAAGGAGAGAACACAUACCUCUUAGCCCUCACACCGAAGCACUCUGUAAAAUCUCAUGUUCAAGAACUCCAAUGCAUCAAAUAGGUGUUGUUAGAUCAGGUAGUGUUCCCCUGCCCCCACUGGUAAAAAACCAUUCUUAGCUAAAGCUGCCAGAAUUAAUUUAAUGAUCAAAUUCUUGAACAGGGUAUUUUAAACAUUGUUUACAUAUGAAAUGUACAUAUUGUCGAAUGUCAACUCUACUGUCGAAUAUGAGGUGCAUGUAAAUUGGAACCGCACAGAGUUAUGGAAAAAUGAAAUGUUUCAGAGGGGCCUUUUUACCACUUCCACUAUCCCCAGGAGAAGUCUGAACAAGACUGUUGUGCAGUGGCCUCACUUGAGGCCUAGAGUUCUUGCCAACCAUUGGUGGAAUGAAGGCUGCAGAUGGUGGUGUCAUGGCGCCCAGUGACUUCCUCCCACGAUGGGGAGGCGUGAAGGACCAAGCUUGGGUAUCCUGAAUUUUGCCGCUACGUGAGCGUAUGUGGGCAUGUGUCUGUGUGUAGAGGAAUGUGAUGGCUAUAUUUAUGGUACUCCCGUGGAGUGUCUGCGUGCAUGUGUGUGUGUGUGAGACCAUUGUGAGCAUGAGUCCAGGACACCACAGAGACCAUCUUCCCAUGGGGUAGAGCUGUCCUCACACCCUUUCUGUCCUGCUUCCCACAAAAGGCACAAAGCUCUCUGCUCUGAUGCCUAUGUUCAGGCACUUAGGUCAUGCCAACCCAGAUUUUGGUCUGUGACGAAACAAAGAGAAAUGUUUACAACAUCUAGAGCAAUAUCAAAGCAUACCUCAUCCAUGACCGUCCAUGUCUCCCGGUCCUGCCCUCUUGCCUGUCUCCUCUUCCACAAGCCCUCAUCUGCCUCACUAGGUGGGCCUCUGCAGGUGCCACUUCUUCCAUUUAAGGUCUUCCUUUUGUCCUCGUGCCAGGCUUGUGCUGUGGACUGCCUUCUGGGCUUGAGGCUUGCUCUGGGCCUGGGACCUCUGAAGACCCAGGGCAAGCCAGGGCAGGAGCCCAGGCAGAGCUGUGAUCUUUAGGACUGCUCUCCACCCCCAAGUGGCUUUUGGCCCCACUUGCGCGUCAACCUGUUUUUAGGCUAGGUGUAAGAUUUCCCAUUGCCUUUGGCAAACCAAAUAGACCAUAAUCAGUAACAACCAUUCAUAGCCCCGAGGCACCUUUGGGGUGAGGAAGGAUCCUCUGAGCAUGCCCAGGCUCACCCAGAAAGCCUGUUACAAGUGCUCAUUCCCAGGUUGCACACCCAGAGAUGCUGAUCCAAAAGACCUGGGUUUUCAGACCCAGAAAACUGCAUUUUUAGUAAGUCCCCAUAGACCAUGCUUUGAAAAAAGAUGUUCUAAGACAGUGGCUCCCACCAUUGGCUGCUCAUUGGAAUCACCUGUAGAGUUUUGAAAUCUAAAUGUCCAGGUCCCACCCCAGAACAGCUUGGGGCCACGACCCAAGACAUCAGCAGUUUUCAGAGCUCCCCAGGUGAUUCUACGUGCAGGUGAGGUGAGGAAGCACUGGCCUGAGGAGUGAGGAUGUGCAGGGCUGAGCUUAUGCAAACGUGUGGCCAAGAGGGCUGGAGCAAGCCAAGAUGCAAUCAGGCACAACACCCGGAACCCACCAGCCCUGAGCUUGAUUCGGGGAGGCUGCCUCUGUGCUGUCUCAGUCUGAUUCGCCCCUUUGAGAUCAAAACGUUCCAGCUGCAUGCAGUGUUCGGCAGCGGGUGUGCCGAUGGCGGGGAGCUCUGGAGGGUAUUUGAUUAAGAGAGGUUUUCCCACUCAUCCUGAGCUUCAUUCGCAGUGCUUCCUCCAAGCUUGCCUCCUGGGCUGCUCCCUCGUCUGUUUGCUCUCAUGUACUCUGUGUUUGGCCGUCUGCGUUUGGUUGUGCCUCUGUAUCCAAGGCCAUGGGAUGACGUGGUAGUUGAAACUCAGGUAGCAGGGGAAAGGGUGUGUCAGGGUAAUAAUAGCGGAAGCACGACAACUUCCAGGUUUGUCAUCAGAGGGUCACCCACCCCAGGAAUAUGCUCUUUGGAGCUUUCUUUUCCAAGGCCACAGUGGGGCUUCCGUGCCUGCUGUUAGCCCUCACGAUCGCCUCUUUGGUCUCAGGCUGGGUGGGCAGAUGAAAGUUCCUAGUUGAUUUUAUUCUCUGGUGCUCCCCCUCCCCGCCCGCCCCAGAACUUGCUGCUCUGAAUAAACCAAAGCUGUGAAAUGGUGUUUUGCCCCGGGCGGGCGGCAGGCCCAGCCUCCGGGAGCCGGGCGGGGUGUGCACGUGCCCCGGGGCCCUGGACUGUGAGGGAAAGACACGAAUCCAUUGUGUUGAGAGCUGGGGGAGGUGGGGGGGAAGAGACUGAAGAGGAAGGAACAAGGUGGGAAAGACGAAUGGCUGCGGUGCCGGCUGCCUCUCCAUGAAGCAGAAGGGAGAGGUGAAAGUGGCACAGGCAGAGGCAGAGAUGGUCCCCAUCGACACGAGCACCCGGAACCAUCCUGACCCUGUCGGUGCCCACUUCCACGCAAAGCAGAGGAAUCUGAUUUUCCACCUGACACUGUCCUUCAGUGCGCCGAGCGUCAGCCCUCAUUAAAUAUGCGUCUCUCCGGGUCAGAAGCGGGAGAGGUGGCAAAAGUCACCCCUGCCUUUGAGAACCUGUGCCACUUGGCCUGAGAUCGUGGAGGAAGAAGCCAAGAGCAGAAAUGUCUUCCUGUCCCUGUGGCCUCUCGGGACCGCCCAGGGAUGCCGUGGACCAAGAUGGGAGGCUGCGGGACGGGGCCACUGGCCUUCCCAGGGUUGGGGGCCAGGCCCGCUCGAGAAACUGCUCCCUUGUGGAUCGUUACUCCCUUUGGACCCUUCGGCCGCCUUCCGUGUGCCGUGUGCGGGGAAAGGUGGCCGGCAGCUUGCGCUCCAGCCGCGGGAGCCCUAGCUGAGUCACGCGGCGUGCACCACAGAUCUGUAGCUGCCCAGCUGCCAUGUAAACCGCUUGGCUGACGGAGUCCUCAUUGAGUUGUCUCAUUACUGUGCAAAGUGGGAUAAUGUCAUUCACCUUUACUAUAAACAAGGCUGUGAGAACAUAAUAAACACACCCUGAACACGCUG